AUGAGUUGGCUCUGGGGUCGACAAGGCCAAGAUCAAAGUAAAAAAGAUGCUUUUCAAAAACUCGACUCAGAUCUGAAAGAUUUUUUGAAGAAAGAAUCGCCCAUCACGAACAAAGUACCUUCUCACUCGCCAAUAUCUACACUAGCCCCUACAUCUGCGCCUUCACGUAUAGAACAAUCCUCUACUCCCAAACAAGAGGAGACCACUCCUAAAAAAUGCCCGACACUUUUUCAAGAUGGACGUUAUGAGUAUCUGUGGAAAACAUAUCAAAGUCCGGAGGAGGUGGAAUACCAUAUCAAGUCUGACCAGGAGAAGAUCGAUGAGGUACUCGAGGGCUUCAAGUAUCGCCGGAAUGAGAUCGCCAAGGCAGCUCUAGAAAAUUGCGCACUGGAACAAGCUGCUGUUAGUGAUUGCUGGAGCAGUGGAGGCGCUGUGGCGCGCCUAACUCUAUGUCGCGCGGAGAGCAAGGCACUCAAUCGGUGCCAUGUAAUGCAAUCUAAAUUUCUGAAAGCCCUUGGAUACCUUUCAAGCUUUGAUCGCCCCUCCGAAGUUGAUGAACAAAUUCAGAUGCAUGCAGAUUCUUUGUACCAUCGUAUGCUCGAACAAGAACAAGCUAUGGACGUAGCUAGGUCAGAAGGAAAGCCAGUACCCUCGUUUCCGCCUCUAUUAUCACAAAAGCCAAUUGUUGAUUGGAAACCAGAAUCUGAAGCCAUACGAAAAGAUGUCGAUGACGCUCAUCUUCAGCCUUCUGACCUGAAAGAAUCUAUCCGCAGUAAGAUAAAAGAGAGAUUAGAAGGUCUGACGCCAGCAGAAAGAGAAGUUGAGGAACGAGCUAUCCAGGCGGAAAUUCGUGCGGGCGAGCAGUUAAGUGGGAACCUUACUAGCAUUUAUGAGAAACAGAAUGAAGAGAGAAGACUUCGAAAAGAGAGGGGAAAGGAAACAUUGGGCGACAAGGUUUCUUCUAUAUUUGGGAUCAGUGGUCGAUAA